GACCUUUUCUUCUCAAAACACUUCCGAGAAGGAAACUCUGGUAACAACAGUCUUGUUGCCUGGUGGAGGUUUAAUCUUUGUCCAGUAGCGUAAGCUGUAAGGUUCCCAGAAAUUUCUUCCUCAACAAGUGAAAAGGACCUCAUCCUUCUCAGUUCUCUCGCGCUUCUGAUCAAGAAGGUAUUUUUACGUUCGAUUUACUUUCGGUUUCGAACAGAAAGGAUUGAAUUCCUAAUUAGGGUUCUUCAAUUUUCGUUUGAAACAUUCGACCUUAAUUCUCUACAAACGAUUAUCGAUUACUGUAAUCGAUAAUCGUUUGUAGUUGUUGGGUCGAUUUUCUGUUUGGAAGAUUAACAGACUAGAAUCGGGUGGUCGGGAUUGGCUUCCAUUUUGAAUUUGGGUGUCCACAGAUCGUAACUAUGAAGAUCGAGGAAUUAGGAGAGGUGGAAUCUGAUGAAAAAGAUCUCCUUUCACGGAGACAGAUUGUUAACGUGGACGCAAAGAGAGCGUUAGUUGGAGCAGGGGCGCGGAUUCUCUUCUAUCCUACUCUUUUAUAUAAUGUGUUUCGGAAUAAGACUGAAGCGGAGUUCCGAUGGUGGGAUGAAAUUGAUCAGUUUCUUUUGCUGGGGGCUGUUCCAUUUCCCAAGGAUGUUCCACGCUUGAAGCAGCUUGGUGUUGGAGGCGUCAUCACUCUCAAUGAACCAUACGAGACUUUGGUUCCUACCUCCUUGUACCAUGCUUAUGGAAUUGACCAUCUGGUUAUUCCAACAAGGGACUACCUAUUUGCCCCAUCACUUACAGAUAUUAGCCGAGCUGUUGACUUCAUUCACAAGAAUGCAUCAUGUGAAAGAACUACUUAUGUUCACUGUAAAGCUGGGCGGGGUAGGAGUACAACCAUUGUCCUCUGCUAUUUGGUGGAGUAUAAGAAUAUGACACCUGCUGCUGCAUUGGAAUAUGUGCGAUCUAGAAGACCUAGAGUGCUGCUAGCUCCUUCACAAUGGAAGGCUGUCCAAGAGUAUGGAAUGCGCCACCGAAAUGUUUCUGCACACUCACCUGUAGGGGAUGAAGUUCUGAUAACGAAGGCAGAUUUGGAAGGUUACCAUGGACCUCGCAAUGAUGCUGCUGGUAAGGAGCUGAUCAGCAGCUGCAAGGGAACGAGAGGUAGGCCUAUGAUAGCAAGACUCUGUUGCCUUUUCGCAUCCUUGAAAGUUUCAGGAGGCUGCACAUCAGAUGUUGGAAGGGUGCCACAGAUUCGUGCAUGUUAGGCCCCGAGAAGGAUGUUGGGAGGACAAUUUCAGCAAAUUUUGAUAAACCUUGGAUUUUCAGUACUCUGAGAGGAGAAAGGAAACCUUCAAAGUAUGUGUAUGAAUGAAGAAUCUUUAAGUGGAGAGUUAUGCCAAGUUUGUAUGUUAUCAGAUCUAUCUUUUUGGAUAAAUUGCUUGUAAAUAUGUAAGGUUCAACAUACAUUAAUUUUACUGCAAUGUUUUGAUGCUCUCA